AUGAGUUUGGUAGGAGAACUGGCGUACUUCCUUGGGCUCCAAGUCAAACAGAUGGAAGACUCCAUCUUUCUGUGUCAAAGGAAAUAUGAUAAGAGUAUUGUGAAGAAAUUUGGAUUGGAGAAUGCUAGUCAUAAAAGAACUCCUGCACCUACUCACUUAAAGGUAUAUAAAGAUGAAAAAGGCUUAAGUGUUGACCAGAGUUUAUAUAGAACCAUGAUUGACAGCCUUAUAUACCUUACAACAAGCAUACCAGAUAUAACUUUUACAGUUGGUGUGUGUGCUAGGUAUCAAGUUGAACCCAAAGUGAGCCACAUCAAUCAAGUAAAAAGGAUUCUAAAGUAUGUGAAUGGCACAAGUGAGUAUGGAAUGUUGUAUUCAUAUGAUUCAUAUUCUAUGUUGGUAGGAUAUUAUGAUGUUGAUUGGGCUGGUAGUGCCGAUGAUAGAAAGAGUACCUCUGGAGGAUGUUUCUUCUUAGGAAACAAUUUAAUUUCAUGGUUCAGUAAGAAACACAAUUGUGUAUCCCUAUCCACGGUUGAAGUUGAGUACAUAGUAGCAAGCAACAACUGCUCUUAA